UCCAACACUGAUGUUCCCCGGAUGUCAACACUAUCGCUAUUUGUCUCCAUCCGCCGCCUCUCUAAUACUCGACAAACCGAUACCGCUUGUAAAGUUUGGCCUUGCAACGUCACGUCAAUAAGAAAUACAUUUUGUUAAUACAUCUUUUUUUGGGAGUAGUUCCGAGUUCACGGUGAAGGUUGCCGGAAUUCCGAGCCGUCCUUGAACGCCUCAGCAGUACUUGACUGGAGGGAUGUGUUAUUUUGUCUUUCUUCUGCCCAAAUUCACGCCAUGAACGCUCCGUCGUCCUGACGGCACCGCCGCUCACACUCCUUCUUCCACCAGGAGAGGAUAGAAACUCCGUGUUGUCACCCAGGAGAGGCUAGAAAGAAGGACCGGUGACAUGUUUACGUGUUCGCCGAGGACAACAGUGUCGUAGUUCCCGCGUGUGAGGAUGCUCUCGGCGGUUCGAGUGUAGUAGCCACUAUAGUGACUCUAUUACCACUCAACCUAUUUCAUUUUUAUUUUUAUUAACUUACAUUUGUUUGUAAUUGUUGCACUUUUGGAUUUGGAGCGACGUCCCCAAGGAAGGCAAAGACGAGGUCCAUCGGCGAAAACCUUCAUUUAGUAAAGAGAUGACCCUCGUCUUGUCCAUGAAUCCUUUCCUGGAGCCAGAGAGAGAACCUCAUCUUUCAACAUUCCAACCCGGAUGGAAAACCCAGCGCUGCAGUAAGACCUGCUUGUCAAGGAGCACCUCGCCCAGUCACACCCAGGAGAAAUCAAAACAAGAACCUCCCUUUGGGCGACUUCCUGACCAGGUGUCAAUGUCAACAAUCUCCUUCUUCAAGAGGAAGUUUGUCGACGACGAUGAGGCUUCGUUCAGUUUCAGGACAUACUGCCAAACUGUGGCACCAGUUCUGGAGGAGCGGGCACACGUGCUACGUCUCUCCCUGGAGAAGAUGCGUUUCAUCGACGAUCCCGAGGCGUUUCUGCGACGCUCGGUCCUGGUCAACAACCUCCUCCGCCGUCUGAGAACGGAGAUCCUCCUCCAGAGCGCCGACUGGUGCUUCCCUGCCAACCCCUUUCUGACCACCAUCUUGCCACCUGGCUCCAGUCCUACAAACCAGGUGCUCAGCAGGACUGGACCCGCCCCGAUCUGCUUGCCGCCCCAGGCCGGACCGCCGUUUCGUAAGCGGCUCCGCACGGUGCGGGCGGGACCGGGGGAUGACUGCGCGCAGACAUGUUGUUGCCUCUACACCGCGGGUCACUACCUUCCCCUCCCGCUGUCCGUGUACCAGGCAGAACUGCCCUCGCCGCACUCGUCCUCCGUCUUGCAAACACCCGGUCAGCGCAAGUUCGGACUGGGCGCCGUGGAAGGCCAUGAUGGCGAGGGAGAGGAGAUGGACCACCAGGAAGUUAGUGAAAGAAGACAAUCGGGUCAGGUCCAAGGCAAGUCCAAACAGAAAAGUCGGACUCGGAGCCUGCUGGGCCGCACCAGGACUCAGGCGGACUGUGCCAGGACCCAGGCGGACCGCUGCUUGUCAGGUAGCACGGGAGAGGAGGAGGAAGGUGAACUCCGGGAAGACGAAGAGGUGGCACAUUGUGAAUGGAACCCAGAAGAUCUUCUCAGGGUCCACUACUGGUACCAGCGGGGCCACAGACAGAGGAGAAAUCUCAAGUCUGGUGUGAACAUGUGAUGCGAGGUGAGGAUGAUGGAUCAUCUGUUCAUCACACUCGCCAAGGAUGCCUCCAUCUUUGUGUGCACGUCUCAGGUCAUGCAACUGUUGUUACAUCUGCAAAUAUACCCAGUUUAUACCGCACGCCGGGAUAUUACAAGAAAACUAAAUGUUUCCGUACCUGCCAAUGUGUGCAAUAUUUUGGUACCGGUAUCGAUAGCAAAAGUAUUUCGGUCCUUUUUGGUACUUUUCUAAAUAAAGGGGACCAC